UGAAACAUUUAAAUAUAAUUGAUGCAACAUUUUGUGAAGAUGAUUUCAUAAGAUCCCUAAAAAUUCCAGCGUUAAUAUUGGCGACACAAUUGGAUUUCAUAGAAGUUGUAAGAGUUUUACUAGAACAAAAAGUUAAUAUAAAUGUUCAAGACAAUAACGGGAAUACAAGUUUAAUGUUUGCUUGCUAUUAUGGAAAUAGUGGUAUUGCCAAGCUGUUGAUUACAGAUAAUAGCAAUAUAAAUUUGAAAAACAAAAUUGAAUUAACUGCUUUACAUAUGGCUGUUGAGAAUGGCAUGGCAGAGAUUGUUGAAAUGAUGAUAGAGAAACAAUGUGAUUUGGAAGCUAAAGCCAAACAUGGAGUAAAUGCUUUACUUCUCGCAUGUUUCUAUGGGCACGAGAACAUAGUUGAGCUAUUGUUAAGAAAUGAUGUUAACUGUAACUGUGUUCUUAACAAUGGCGUAAGUCCUCUAAUGUUAGCGUCGAAUCGGGGUUUUAGUAACAUAGUUACACAGUUACUUGAAAAAGACGCAAAGAUUGAUUUGUUUGAAAUCAAAGAAUGCGUAAAUGCAUUAAUAUUUGCUUCUAUAGAUGGAUACACAGAAAUCGUUGAGAAAAUUUGUAAAUCAAAACAAUUUAAAGCUAGCAUGAUUAAUUUUCAGGACAGUUACGGAGUUACGGCUUUAAUGCACGCUUCCGGUCAUGGUCGAGUGGACACGGUAGCUUUUCUUUUGAGUAUGUCAGCUGACUGUAGUGUCUCAUCAAAAUCUGGAAACACGGCAUUGCAUUUAGCUGCUGAAAAGGGGUCGCAUGAAAUAACGAAAAUGUUGUUGGAACAUAAUUCCCCCGUCAAUAAAUGUAACAAUUAUGGAAACACUGCUCUGAUGAUCGCUUCACAGUUCGGUCAUGUCGAGGUUGUACGUGAAAUACUCAAACACGAGCCAGAACUAAAUACAGUGAAUACUGAAGAUUACACUGCUUUAGGUCUUGCUACUGUGACUGACCAUCUCGAUGUGAUCAAGAUGUUAGUUCAAAAUGGGGCGGAGCUGGACAGAAUAAAUAAACAUCACCAAACUGUUUUGACAAUGGCAAUUAUGAAACAUUAUUUAGAAAUCGCCAAGUAUUUAAUAAAAAAUAGAGAUAGAUGUGAACUAUCUCUAUAUGCAGCUAUAGAGGUAGGGUGUUCAGAAAUUGUCGAGAUGUCACUAAAUUCCGACACAGUCAAAAAACAUGUAUGCCGUAAUGAAUCUUUUUUUUAUUCUAUACCGUUAGCCUUGGCAGCAAAACAAGACAGAUAUAUAAUUUUACAAGCACUUUUACAGAGAGUUGUUAAAACAUAUCCGAAUGACAACAACUUGAAAAAAUGUUCUAGAAAUACUAAAGCCAGUGCAAAACGCUCGGCUCUCCUCAUACCAACUGCGGACAUUCUACAAAUCCAUAAAACACCCUUGUACAAUACUGCAAGUCCAACCCAAUCCGAUAGCCCUAAAUGUAUACAAAUAAUUUCGUUGAAAAUAAAAAAGAACGAGGUAUCAACAGUGAUUGACACAAUAUCUUGCAAGUGCGACUUACUAAUUAUUGAACAACAAAUGAGCACGUUAUUUUAUUUGGCUGACAACAUGCACUUUCUUGUGUUGGAACCUAGUUUUUAUCGCAAUAUCUAUGAGAAGAGGAGCUUUUGUUUUUGGUUUUACCUUUACUUCGCCAUUGAAAAUGAAAGGAGUUUUGAGACGAUAAGAACCCGUAUUAUUAACUUUGAAGCGAAACUAUCACAAUGCUCAGCUUCGACAAUCAAUCCAACACUUUUAAACUAUGAAAAGGUUAAAGGAUCAUUGAUGUGCCUUCGCAGUUUAAAGCAAGCAAAGGUUGACACGGUUAGAACACUUAACUACUUAAAUUGUUCGAGUGUUGGAUGUACAGUAGUUGAGAUGAUAACCAAGAAACCACCCUCAGCUUCUAUUGAAAGCCAAUGUGUUUUGUUUAGAGUUGGAACAAAGACAAAACCUGUUUUAAAGCUACCAGAACACACGUCUAAAGAGCUCAGAGAGUUUAUAGAUAAAUGUUUGACAGUGGAUUUCAAAGAGAGACCGUCAGCUGAAGAGUUACUACAGACGGACCAUUUUCUGCUGGGAAUACAGUAA